UCUGAACAAGUCUACAAUUUCUACAGGUCCCGUGAGCCUGAGCACACCAGCUCAGCUUGUGGCCCCCUCUGUUGUGGUAAAGGGCACUCUUUCUGUCACCUCCUCUGAACUCUAUUUUGAGGUAGAUGAAGAGGAUCCUAACUUCAAGAAAAUCGACCCCAAGAUUCUGGCAUAUACAGAAGGGCUUCACGGAAAAUGGCUGUUCACAGAGAUACGAUCAAUCUUUUCUCGGCGUUAUCUUUUGCAAAAUACAGCCCUGGAGAUUUUCAUGGCAAACAGAGUUGCUGUAAUGUUCAACUUCCCAGACCCUGCAACAGUAAAGAAAGUAGUCAACUAUCUACCUCGUGUUGGUGUUGGAACCAGUUUUGGAUUACCUCAAACCAGGCGCAUUUCCUUAGCUAGUCCACGGCAGCUUUUUAAAGCUUCCAACAUGACCCACAGGUGGCAACACAGAGAGAUUUCCAAUUUUGAGUACUUGAUGUUUCUCAACACAAUCGCAGGACGGGGUUACAAUGACUUAAAUCAGUACCCUGUGUUUCCCUGGGUCAUCACCAAUUAUGAGUCAGAAGAACUAGAUCUUACCUUGCCCAGCAACUUCAGAGAUUUGUCUAAGCCAGUAGGAGCUUUGAAUCCAAAAAGAGCAGCAUUCUUUGCAGAACGUUUUGAAUCAUGGGAAGAUGACCAGGUUCCAAAGUUCCAUUAUGGCACUCAUUACUCAACUGCAAGUUUUGUUCUUGCCUGGCUGCUAAGAAUAGAACCCUUUACAACUUAUUUCCUAAAUUUGCAAGGAGGGAAAUUUGAUCAUGCAGACAGAACUUUUUCAUCAGUUUCCAGAGCCUGGCGAAACAGUCAGCGUGACACAUCUGAUAUCAAGGAAUUGAUUCCUGAAUUUUACUAUCUCCCUGAGAUGUUCGUCAACUUCAAUAAUUAUAACCUUGGAGUGAUGGAUGAUGGCACAGUGGUGUCUGAUGUUGAACUUCCUCCUUGGGCCAAAACCUCAGAAGAAUUUGUUCGCAUAAACAGAUUGGCUUUGGAGAGCGAAUUUGUUUCCUGCCAGCUUCACCAAUGGAUUGAUCUCAUUUUUGGCUACAAACAGCAAGGACCAGAGGCUGUGCGGGCUCUUAAUGUGUUCUAUUACCUGACCUAUGAAGGAGCAGUUAACCUGAAUUCUAUAACUGAUCCUGUGCUGAGAGAGGCUGUCGAAGCUCAAAUCCGAAGUUUUGGACAGACACCUUCUCAACUCCUCAUCGAGCCUCAUCCUCCCAGAGGUUCUGCCAUGCAAGCGAGCCCGCUGAUGUUCACAGACCAAGCCCAGCAGGAUGUUAUCAUGGUUUUAAAGUUCCCCUCCAACUCCCCAGUCACCCACGUGGCAGCCAACACCCAGCCUGGUUUGGCAACACCUGCUGUGAUCACUGUCACUGCUAAUAGGCUCUUCGCCGUGAACAAGUGGCAUAACCUUCCUGCUCAUCAAGGUGCUGUACCAGACCAGCCAUACCAGCUGCCAGUGGAAAUCGAUCCUCUCAUAGCCAGCAAUACAGGAGCACACAGGAGGCAGAUUACUGACCUUCUGGACCAGAGCAUCCACGUCCACUCACAGUGCUUUGUUCUCACCUCAGACAACCGCUACAUCCUUGUUUGUGGCUUCUGGGAUAAGAGUUUCCGAGUGUAUGCCACAGACACAGGAAAAUUGAUGCAAGUGGUGUUUGGCCAUUGGGAUGUCGUCACUUGCCUCACUCGCUCUGAGUCAUAUAUUGGGGGAAAUUGCUACAUUCUCUCAGGGUCACGUGAUGCAACCCUUCUGCUAUGGUACUGGAAUGGAAAGAACAGUGGGAUUGGAGACAACCCAGGAAGUGAGACCACCACUCCCCGGGCCAUUCUAACAGGGCAUGACUGCGAGAUCACGUGUGCUGCCAUCUGUGCUGAGCUGGGCCUGGUGUUAAGUGGCUCCCUAGAAGGACCAUGUCUCAUACAUUCCAUGAAUGGAGACUUGUUAAGGACCUUGGAGGGUCCUGAAAACUGCCUGAAACCCAAACUCAUCCAGGCUUCCAGAGAGGGUCACUGUGUCAUCUUCUAUGAAAAUGGCUGCUUCUGCACAUUCAGUGUAAAUGGAAAACUCCAGGCCACCAUGGAAACAGAUGACCACAUAAGGGCCAUGCAGCUGAGCCGGGACGGGCAGUACCUGCUCACAGGAGGAGACAACGGUGUGGUGAUGGUGUGGCAGGUGUCUGACCUCAAGAAGCUCUUUGCCUACCCAGGCUGUGACGCUGGAAUCCGGGCCAUGGCCCUGUCUUACGAUCAGAGGUGCGUUAUUUCUGGCAUGGCUUCAGGAAGCAUCGUCCUGUUUUACAAUGACUUUAACCGAUGGCAUCACGAGUACCAAACCCGAUACUGAUGGUGACGGCUGCAACUUGGCCCUGCCGUGGGCUGGGCAGGGAAGGACCCUGCCAUCAUUCUUAUAGAAAUAACUGUCACAUCUGAAUGUAACUUAAAUUCGCUUCAACAAGCAAAAUAUUUUUUAAAGUUUAAUUGCUAUUUUUGUAGAUUUUGCUUGACUUUUGGGGGAGAAUAAAUAGCAAAGCAGAAAUCUGGCUGCUGGGUUCUGUAGUUUUAAAAAAAAUCUAUAUUUUUAGUCAUAAUGAGAAGUCUAUUUUUCACCAAUUAUGGAAACCCACAGUGAGGCACAUCCAGCUUCUUCUAGCUAUCUUAGGAGAAACCAUUUCCUGUUUAUCUGCACUCUUGAGAGAUGUGUGAUUUUAACUGCAGGAAAAUGGGUUACAGUCUGGAGCAGGUGUUAUGUGGAAUGCUGGGAUGGGAAUUUUAUGCUAUACUUUGGGGCCUGUAUUUUUUCAUACAUUUGUGCUUCUUCAGUGCGGAAAUUUGUAGUGUUUAAAUUAUGGUAAAUGUAAUUUAAAACAUCUGAAUGAACAAUUUCUAUGAUGUUAUCCUCCACGCAUGUUUUAGACUAGAAAAUUAUGGUUUGGGGACACUAUGUUGUGUGUGUGCAAUACAUAAAGGAUCUGAUUAUGACAAGUGUGACAUAGUUGCUGUUUUUCCUGAUCUGUCUUCCUCACAGCACAAAGUGAAAUGAUGGAAAUGACCUUGGGCUCAUGGUCUGUUUUUCUUUGAAAGUAAAUGCAGGUACCAAAGCUCACUGGAGGUUCACCUGUGCCCUUCCCUGCCCCGAGACACAGCUUGUGCGGGGGCCUCUCCCCUGUCCUGGGUCAGAGAACAGAGGCACCAGGUGCUGGAUGAGCAACACCCAUCCUGCCUUCUGUUAUUAAAACAUCUCCACCUUCCUUUUGAUUAAUUUGUACUAAGAAACAAUGUUAUUUUGGUGAUGUAUAAUUCUACUUUUCUAGUAGAGUGCUGUAUGGCAUUCUGUGAACAUAUUUGAGAAA